GAAACACGCUUGGAACUUGAGUGAACUGUUGGACCAAGAGGCAUGGGGUGCUACGAUAGUUUGGAUCCACAAACAAACUCCACACAAAUGGACUGUCUCUAAUUCCGAUAAAUAUCUUUUAAAAAGUAGCGUUAUCCACUGACAUUGAUGGCGGAAUACCCCAGGACCGACUCCCAGUUGGACUACUAAACUGCAGCGGGUGGCUAACGACACAUAACCUGAUGAUGACCUGUACUUGUAGCAUUCACACACUUUUCGAGAUGACAGUGAGGAGGAUUAUUUCUCUGGACUAAGUGAAGACCUCCCUCUUGAAGAAGUGUGAAACAUGCCCUUACCAUUUGGCUUAAAACUCAAACGGACUCGAAGGUAUACUGUUUCAAGCAAGAGCUGUCUUGUCACUCGGAUUCAGCUGCUCAAUGGGGAGUUUGUUGAGUUUACACUUUCAGUGGAGAGCACCGGGCAGGAAUGUUUGGAGGCAGUUGCUCAGAGACUUGAGUUAAGAGAGAUAACAUACUUCAGCCUGUGGUACCUCAACAAACAGAACCAGCAGAGAUGGAUUGACUUGGAGAAGCCGCUGAAAAAGCAGCUGGACAAGUAUGGGCUGGAGCCCACCGUUUACUUUGGAGUCGUGUUUUACAUACCCAGUGUGACCCAACUGCAACAAGAGAUCACAAGAUAUCAGUAUUACCUACAGCUGAAGAAGGAUGUUCUGGAUGGCAGGAUCUCAUGCACAUUAGAACAAGCUAUUCGUUUAGCUAGCCUGGCAGUGCAAGCUGACUUUGGAGACUUCAAUCGAUAUGACUCCCAGGAGUUCCUCCAGAAGUUUGCGCUGUUCCCUAUUGACUGGAUCCAGGAUGAGCGAGUGCUGGAGGAGGCCACUCAGAAAGUGGCUCUGCUUUAUCAGUCCUUCAGGGGUCUGUCAGCCCAAGAGGCAGAGAUGUUGUACAUGCAGGAGGUGGAGAAAAUGGAAGGCUAUGGCCAGGAAAGCUAUCAAGCCAAGGACAGCACAGGCACAGAUGUCUCCAUGGGAUCUUGCCUAGAUGGCAUCUUUGUCAAGCAUAAAAAUGGCCGGCCGCUCCUUUUAUUUAGGUGGAAUGAAAUUAACAACAUGAGUCACAACAGGUCCUUCUUUGUCCUGGAGCUAGCCAACAGAGAGGAGAGUGUUCAGUUCCAGACCGAUGACAUGGAAACCUCCAAAUAUGUGUGCCGGAUGUGUCUGGCCAGACUCAAGUUUUAUAAGAUUAACAAGAGUAGCCUAGAGGAGUGUGACCCCCUGCCUUCUGAGGGCUCCCAGAAGUCCCUUCUCACUCUAUCCUUUCCUCGCUUUCCAAUGCUCUCUCGUCCCUCUCUGCCUUCUAAUAAGGGCCAAACCCAGCCCACAGUUGUGAACCCAGUCAGACGGAGAUCCUCUACCAGGAUAUCUCUGCCAAAGCCUCAGGCCUACAUGAUGCCUCCUCCACAGAUGCACUACAAUGGUCAUUUCACAGAGCCUUACACAUCAUCACAAGACAACCUGUACAUGAACAGUCAGAAUGGUUAUUACUACCACUCCCAGACCAGCCUGGACUGCCCCCCUCUGGAAUACAGCAGCGGAGGGCGUUUGCGCAAUGGCAGCGUGUACAGCGCCCACAGCACCAGCUCUUUAACCAAUCCCCAGCACUACCACCAGCCCUCACCCAUGUCCUCCAACCCAUCCAUCACCAGCGAUAUCACCAGGCCGGACUAUGUCCCCUCGCAUCGCCACAGCGCUCUCAUCCCACCUUCCUACCGCGCUACUCCGGAUUACGAGUCAGUGAUGCGUCAGAAGAACCGGGGAGCAGGAGGAGGGAUGGUUUUGUCUCAAGAGCACCGACAGAGCCACUCUAUGAGGAAUCUGAACAUUGGAAACUCGUAUGCCUACAGCAGACCCGACCCUCUGGUUUACAGCCAGCCAGAGAUCAGAGGGGAGCAUGGCGGAGCGGCUCAGCACCACCACUACCCCUUCCAUCUAGGCUCCAGCUUCCACAGUCCCUCUCCAUACCCCUACCCUACAGAGAGGAGGCCAGUCGUGGGGGCAGUUAGUGUCCCGGAGCUCACUAAUGUCCAGUUACAGCAGGCACAGGAGUAUCCAGCCCCAAACAUCAUGAGAACACAGGUGUACCGGCCACCUCCACCCUACCCGUACGCCCACCCUCGGCCUGCCAACAGCACACCAGACCUGUCGCGUCACCUCUACGUCAGCAGUAGCAACCCAGACCUGAUCAUCACGAGGCGUGUGCAUCACUCAGUCCAGACUUUCCAAGAGGACAGCCUACCUGUAGCCCACUCUUUACAGGAGGUGUCGGAGCCUCUUUUCAGCGGACCCCCACAGAGACACCCGUACCACGCUCAGAAGCGGAACUCCAUCGAGAUCGCUGGAUUAGCACACAGUCUCGAGGGGAUGAGGGUCAAAGAGCGGACUGUGUCUUCCUCAGCAGCUGAAACUGCCACGCCCCCUCCGGUCCCGCAUGGCGGUCGCUCUCAGGGCUCUCAGCUCAACGUGUUUUUGGAACGUACAAAGACAGGGGACAGGGGUGACAUUAAGGAGGACGUGCAGUAUGGACACAAAAAGUCCCUCUCAGACGCCACCAUGCUGAUUCACAGCAGCGGUGAAGAAGAGGAGUUCGAGGACGACAGCGGACGUCACACUCCGCUCUCUCAGGAUGCAAUCGCAGCGACUGUUCCCGACCUGCCGUCACAACAGCAUCACAGCUUGACAUCUCUUUCUUCUCUGACGCAUCAGCAACAGACUCCCAUAGAGCCACCUCCUGCAUAUCCCAUAGGCUCCUCUCUUGACCCCUCUAUAACCAGCUCCUUGACGUACAAGGUUCACCCCCUGAUCCAGGAAGGCGAGCCUCUGUACCUGCUGUCGGAUUUACGACAGCCAAGGAUUAUGCCGUCAGUCUCUGAGGGAGACCUGAGCGGCCAGGCCAAGCAGAAGACCAAGAAAGACAUUAAGAAGAGGCCUGUGUCUGAUGUGCCUCCUGGGAAGAAAACAGUGGAAGGUUUGCCCCCACCGGGCAUGAAGAAAGGAGCUAGGUCAGAGGUGAAGAAGAUGGGCCCUCUGAAGGUGGCCCAUCUCAAUGGCCUGUCAGUGUCCAGGCAGCCAAUGCACGAAGAGAUCAAGGAUGAGCCUGAACGAGCCUCUAAUGACGAGAGGUGUAAAGUGCUGGAGCAGCAUAUGGAGAGGGGUGAGCUGAUGAAAGAGUACGAGAGUAUCCCAAGGCGUCGUCCAGCAGGGGAGUGCACCAUCGCCCAGCUGCAAGAGAGCGGAGACAAAAACCGCUUCCAGGACGUCCUGCCUUACGAUGACACCCGAGUGGAGCUGGUUCCCACUAAAGAGAACAACACAGGAUACAUCAAUGCGUCACAUAUUAGAAUAACAGUAGGUGGACAGGAGUGGAGCUACAUUGCCACACAGGGUCCCAUGACAAACACGUGUUCAGACUUCUGGCAGAUGGUGUGGGAACAGGGUGUCUCCAUCAUCGCCAUGGUCACUGCUGAAGAGGAGAGCGGCAGAGAAAAGAGCUUCCGGUAUUGGCCCCGACUUGGCUCACGACACAACACGGUGACGUACGGUCGCUUCAAAAUCACCACACGGUUCCGUACAGAGUCCGGCUGCUAUGCCACCACGGGGCUGAAGAUCAAACACCUCCUGACGGGCCAAGAGAGGACUGUCUGGCACCUGCAGUACACAGACUGGCCUGACCAUGGGUGUCCUGAGGACUUCAAAGGCUUCCUCACCUACCUGGAGGAGAUCCAGUCUGUGAGGAGACACACAAACAGCAUCAGUGACCCAAAAAACACCAACCUACCUGUGCUGGUCCACUGCAGUGCUGGUGUGGGACGGACAGGUGUGGUCAUCCUGUCUGAGAUCAUGAUAGCCUGUCUGGAGCACAAUGAGGUGCUGGAUGUCCCAAAAUACCUGUUUAAGCUGCGUACUCAGAGAAUGAUGAUGGUUCAGACCUUGUCUCAGUACACCUUCGUCUACAAGGUCCUCACCGAGUACCUCCGCAACUCCAGGCUCAUUUGAGCACAAGUGUCUGUCCAGCCCCCUGCGUACUCCGUCAUCACGGAUGAUUGUAGGAAGGAGUUUACUCCAGGUUUAUGCCAAACUGCACUGUGAUGACGCAGCUGUGCGAAUCUGCUCACUGUAGCUUUGCUAUGUGGUGGACUGGUCAAGUAUUAAAUCAGGCAAGGCUGAAGGAAUGAUAUGAAGGACGAAGCGAUACUGCGUAAAGACUUAAUGACCUGCCUCUAAACAGUAUUAUAUUAUUUUUUACAUGCUUAAUGAAGCCCAGCACUUUUACAGUACUUUGCUGUACAUAAUGAACCAAUGUUAAGCUGCAUUUAAAACAAAUCUUUAUUAUAGAUAUGUAUCGAGAUCAGUUUUAUUUGCAUUUGACGAAGGUCACUUUUUAAAUAAAUGUGUUUUGGAUUGCUGUUUGGUAACAAUUGGUUCUGAUGAUGAAGGAUGUUUCUGUAGUGAUGAAGACAGAGCGGACAAAGCUCUGACAAUAUCAGGUUUUCUCGAGGUUUGAUCAGAGUUGCGAUGAAGUUCAACUUAAUCGUGUGUUGGUGUUGACGGGGGUUUGUCCCUGCAUUUAAUUGAAAGUCUGCGAUUCUGGAGAACUAGGGAUCUCAACACUGAGGAAUAUUUUCGACCGGUUACGAAUGUCUGUCUGUACGUUAAAAUUGCUACUCACAGUUUACUGCACGGUGCACCAUCUGGGUCUGGUGGAAGCUAACCUUAGCUUGUAGUGCCGCUCAUUUGGCAACAGCCACUUUUAACACAUUGCUGUGGAAACGUGCCCGCCUUCCAAUCUCCCCCCAGUUAGACCCAGUGAGUAAGCAGCUCAAUUUUUAACCACAAACCCCCUUCAGCAUUAGCUCUUUUUGCACCUUUAGCAAUGUCAGUAUGGCUAAUGGUGCUAACAUAGUUAACAAUGCUAAAGGGGUUUUGUGGUUCAAAAUGAAGCCACUUACACAGUGGGUCUACCUGGGGGGAGACUGGAGGCUGGACGCCACGUUUAUGUGAGUAGCGGUAAUCGCAGAAUGAGCAUCCCACUAGCUAGCUAGCAAAAAAGCUAAAGCUAGCGUUAGCUAAGCUAGGAGUCUAGAGAGUGGGUGGUAGGCACUAUGUUUCCACAUGCUAACACCAGCUAGCCGGCUGACUGUCAGCCAACAGAAAACGUUUACUAAUAAAAAACAGCUAAACUUUGCUACGUUUAAAUGGAUAGUGCUUUGAAACACAGCGCUAACGCUCACUGAGUCAACGUAGCGCUGGACUAAAACAAGACCUCUUGUUUUGGCUUCUUUUUUUUUUUUUCUUUUAAAUUUACCCGCGCGUCAGGCUAUCAAAUGCAAAAUUAACCCAAACUGACAUCCCUAAUUUGAACUCAACACCCAAACAAAUACCACCCCCCAAAUAUACCAUCCCUCUAUCUCCCACUACCUUUCUCUUUAUACAACCAUGGCCAUUCCCCCGCCAUGUGCGUGACCAUGAACGCCCCCUGUUGCUGGUUGGCUGGAAUAGCCACCUUGUUUCCCAUAUACAGAGCCAGGGCUGUGUAUGAACACCAGAUUUUGUUUUUUCAGCGCACACAGAAUGAAUAACUAGCAGCCCAUUGGAAGAUAUUCACUAAAUUUGACAAAGUGUAUUGGAUUAGAAUUGCAGACUGCACCUUUUAAUGUGGCUGUGGUGCCCGGUAUGAGCAAUUUCCAUAUUAGGAAAGCCCUCGUACCCAUCGAAUAUUACACACCUGCUAAAAACAACUGUAUAUUCUCUGUCCAGAUGAUGUGAGAUGAUGGUUUGGUCUUUUGAGAACACUGGAUUGAUGGGAAGUAGAAAUGUGGAAAUGUUGCUAAGUAAAGUGAAGGAAUAACUGCAGGUUUUUGAGCUGAGAUUAAAACUGGAAAGUUAAUUUUAUACUUGUGUUUUUCAGCCUUUUUUUUUUUUUUUAAAUCUUGAACGGAGUGCUUUAUUUGCGCAAAAUCAACGUACUUUAACAUAUUUUGUCAUGACAAAGAAGUGCCUAAACGUCUGCCUUGUAAAGUUUAAUAAGACUAUUUUUGCAUAUGAAGGAAAUUUGAAGGUGAUCUAAUUCAGUGUCAUUGAAUGCUUGUUUGAUUGCAGUGAUAUGUUUAUUAAUGCCAGUCGAUACAUGUGAGAAGCACACAAACAAUAACUGAAAUUGUCUCACAUCCCUUGAGUUGUGACAGUUUGGCCUUUGUGUCAUUGUGAAAUACAGAAAACUUUGGAGGUGAGGCCAUUUGAUAGUAUUCAGACAUGACUAACAGCGUGUCGGCCCUGGUGCUCAAUGAAAGUCUGACGGGGCGGACCAUCUCUAGUUACAGUAUUCUGCCUGCCACGCUUGUUUUCACUCUGGUGAGACAUGUCUCUCCGCAGACACUUCCUGCUGUUACACAUGGCCUCAUGAGUAUUUAUGAAUGCAUUCACUUCGUGCCGCAGCUGUGGGAAGGAUUUAAAGCCCCUAUGAAGUUCACCUGUACAGAAACGAUGCUCACAGGCGCAGCAAGUUUACAUGAAGUCAAUGUUAAUUUGAAAUAUUUGCCUUUCAAUUCAAGGCAGCAACUUAAUUUAUAAAGUGGCCAAAGUGAAGUGAUUGUCGAUCCCUCAUCUGUCUUACCCUGAUGAUUCUGAUCUAACUUAACUGGAGGAAAAUACCUCGUCACGAAUGUUGAGAUGUGUUUUAACUGGAUUUUUUUUUAAGGAAUUUGCUUCAGGUUUUGUUUUGUUUUUUUUGGUUUUAAGAUACUGCUUGAGUCUUAGCGUGGAGACUGAAAAGAGUGAUUUUUGUUUUGUGGCCAAGAUGUAACUGUUGUGUCCAUGUACAGGUGUGUUGUUGUUCAUAAUGUACACAAUGUAAAAUUCUGCUUUUAUGAAUAUUGGUUAUUGUACAAACUAUGUAUAAACUGUAUCUAUUGAAGAAAAGAAUGGUAUGCCAUUGGAAAAUACAGUGUAGAGAAUCUUUUCAGCCGAGAAUAAACGUGGAAGUAAAUUGU